AUGAGUGUGAUGGAGGAGCAGCAAACACACACAGCACUGGGAGAGGACGGUGCUGGAAAGAUUUACAGAUGUAAACAGAUAUCUGGGGCAAUAAAGGACCAUAAAAGCCUUCUGAAGCAGAAGUUUCAGUGUUUGACUGAGGGAAUCUCCAAGCAGGGAAACCCAACACUCCUCAAUGAGAUCUACACAGAGGUCUACAUCACAGAGGGGGGCAGUGGAGAGGUCAAUGAUGAACAUGAGGUCAGACAGAUUGAGGCAGCAUCCAAGAGAUCAGCUACAGAUGAUAAACCAAUCAAAUGCAAUGACAUAUUUAAACCCUUACCUGGACAAGAAAAGGACAUUAGAACUGUGCUGACAAAGGGAGUGGCUGGCAUUGGGAAAACAGUCUCUGUGCAGAAGUUCAUUCUGGACUGGGCUGAAGAAAAAGCCAAUCAGGAUAAUGCAUUUCUAGUUCCUCUUCCUUUCCGUGAGCUUAACUUAGUGAAGGAGGAACAUCUCAGUUUAGUGGGUCUGAUUAAACGAUUCUUUGGUGACAUCAAUGAUUUCAGCAUUUUCACUGAUGACAAAUGCAAAGUGUUGUUCAUCUUCGAUGGUCUGGAUGAGUGCCGGAUUCCUUUGAAUUUCCACUCCAGCCCAAAUUCUUGUGAUACAACAGAAGCAACCACAGUGUCUACUUUGCUGACCAACCUCAUCAAGGGGAAUCUGAUGCCUUCUGCUCUCCUCUGGAUCACCUCAAGACCAGCAGCAGCCAAUAAGAUCCCUCCUGAGUGUGUGGACCAGGUGACAGAGGUACGGGGGUUCAAUGACCCACAGAAGGAGGAGUACUUCAGGAAGAAAGUCAGAGAUGAAAACCUGGCUGAGAGAACCAUCAGCCACCUGAAGAAAUCCAGGAGCCUCUUCAUCAUGUGCCACAUUCCUGUCUUCUGCUGGAUUUCAGCCACUGUUAUCGAGAUAAUGUUGAGGGAAAGAGACACAGGAGAGAUCCCCAAGACUCUCACUCAAAUGUACACACACUUCCUGAUUAUUCAGACAGAAGUCAAAAAGAAGUACACAGAAAGAAAAGAGACAGAAGAAGAGAUGAUUUUCAAACUGGGGAAACUUGCUUUUUGGCAGCUGCAAAAGGGAAAUCUGAUUUUUUAUGAGAAGGACCUGAGAGAGUGUGGCAUUGACAUCACAGACGCAUCUCUUUACUCAGGGGUGUGUACCCAGAUUUUCAAAGAAGAAACUGUGCUGUAUCAGGGAAAAGUGUUCUGCUUUGUUCAUCUCAGCAUUCAGGAACAUCUUGCAGCCUUAUAUGUGCACCUCAGUCUCAUCACCCACAAGGAAAAUGCCCUUAACUCAAUUACACCAAGACUACACACGUUCAAAUCGAAACUUGCUAGAUUUUUUAGGCCUCUGUCUGUGUCUGAUGCAAAUGAAGGUGACAAAGUGUCUGUCUAUGAGCUGCACCAGAGAGCAGUAGAUCUGGCCUUACAGAGUGAAAAUGGACACCUGGACCUUUUCCUUCGCUUCCUCUUGGGCCUCUCACUGGAGUCCAAUCAGAAGAUCUUGAGAACUCUGCUGCCACAGACAACCAUCCAAUCACAGAGCACAGAUGGAACUGUCCAAUACAUCAAGGAGAAGAUCAGGAGGAAUCCAUCCUCAGAGAAAUGCAUGAAUCUGUUUCACUGCCUCAAUGAGCUGAAUGACCAGUCCCUAGUGGAGGAAAUCCAAAGCUACCUGAAGACAUCAGGUGGUCUAAAGGGAGCCACACUCUCCCCUGCACAGUGGUCAGCUGUGGUGUUUGUGCUGCUGACAUCAGAUCAACAGCUGGAUGAGUUUGACCUGAGGGAAUAUGGCGGAACAGAGGAAUGUCUGAUGAGGCUGAUGCCUGUGGUCAAGGCCUCUAGAUCAGCAAGGCUGUAUUGGUGUGGCCUGACAGAAAAAAGCUGUUCCUCUCUGGCCUCAGCCCUCAGCUCAGGCUCAAGUCUCAGACAGCUGCACCUGAGUUUCAAUAAUCUGCAGGACUCUGGAGUGGCACUUCUUAGUGAGGCAUUAGGAAAUCCACUCUGUCAACUGGAGACACUAGGGCUGUCUCUGUGUAAGCUGACAGGGGAAAGCUGCUCCUCUCUGGCUGCAGCCCUCAGCUCAGGCUCAAGUCUCAGACAGCUGGACCUGAGUUGGAAUAAUCUGCAGGACUCUGGAGUGGCACUU